GGACACAAACCGCGUAACAAAUUCUUUACAUGUAUAUAUAUAUAUACUCUAUUUCUCAGUCCGUCAAUAUCCAUCCAAACUAUCUCCAACUGAUAUUCUUUGAAAAGACAACAAAACUCUAUAUACACUUACCUUUCUCAAAUUCUUUAACUCGCUGCUAGCAAAGUAGAAAAUGCAGAAGAAAAGAUCAGACGGUGGUCAUCACAGAUCAACAGCAUGGAACCUACUGCGUCUAGCUCUGUUAUGGGCAAGGAAAGGCGGGGUGUUCAAGAGUAAAUUCCUUAUGGAGCUCCGUCUUCUACCCCGUUACCUGAAAACCACCCUUCUUCGCCACUCCGGUGAACGUGGCACCAACACCAACGCCAUCCACUACGGAGAGCGGGAGUUCUCCUUCGAUGACACCCCCAUUAUCCACUCCAAGUUGCGUCGUCCAGCUUCCUUGCGAUUUCACAUUCCAUGCAUAACCAAUCCACAAGUUGAUUUUGAUUAUGAUUUCAACGACGACAAUGAGGAUGAUGACAGUGCUUAUUAUUACAAUGAUGGAGGAGCAAGGAAGAGUUCUCUGAAUAAUGAGGGUGGAGAUGAAAUUCAAGACGAUGAUCAUCACUAUGGUUGUGCUGAAGAUCAUCAGAUGGUUCCACCGUACGACGAAGAAGGGAUUGAUCUCAAAGCAGAGGAGUUCAUAGCUAAGUUCUACCAGCAAAUGAAGCUGCAAAGACAGAUAUCAUAUCUACAAUAUCACGACAUGCUUAAUAGAGGUGCAAGUUGAUCCCAGAUGCUCCCCAAAU